AUGGACAAAACCACAUCCGUCGUCGCAGCUCUCGACGCGGGGAAGAUGCCCACGCAAAAGCAGAUCAACCAGAUGUUCGACUGGAUCCUGGACAAUAUGUUCUCCGGCCUGGAGUCGUCUGACGCGGGCAAGCUCAGCGAACCCGGCAAGAUUCUCGCCGAGGGCAUUCGUGACAUUCUACAAGCAUACAAGCAGCUCGGAACGAGCAAGAACGGCGAUAACAAGGUCCAGGACGUGCUCUGGCAUCUCUCCGGGUCUAACUUCUCGGAUACUAGCAUGCGCCAGAUGGACACUUCCGAUGCGUCGAGAGACGCAGAGGCACUCCGCAGUGCGCUCCGCACCGUCCUCAAUGUCGCUUGGACGAGCGUGAGCGGUGAAGGGCAGUACCUCUUCGCCGACUUCGCGUCGUUCUCGCGCCUCGCCAUGGCCGACUUUGCUGAGGUCAUUGAGAGCUCGGCAUCCCAUGCGAAGGAGAGUCUGCGCGACAUUGACCAGGAGGUGCAGGAGGGCGAGCGUGAUACGCUGGGCCGCAAGAAACGCAGUCGGGAGGAGGAGGAGCGGAUGCAGGACCCGAAAGUGCAGUUCGAGUCGGCGAUGGACGUUGUCAAGGAUACUGGCUCAGCGGCGAUUGGCACAGGCCAGAAGGUGUCCGAGUCCACCAAGGAGACUGCGAGGGCCGCGACUAACAGGCUUGAGGAAGCGUAUCGCAACGCAUGCGAGCGGGCUCAGACGGAUGAGAAGUACCGCGAGUCCCUCUCCACCCUCUUCGAUACCGCAUCCAAGUGGGUCAACCGCGGCCUCGACACUACGUCCGAUCUUGGUGACACCGCGUCUCUUGACGAUUUCAUCGAGGAUCCGACGCCGGAGAAGCAUCUGCACAACGCAAUUCGCGAGAUGCGCACCCUCAUUGAACGGUUCGCAGGAGGCAAGUCGCUUGACGAUCUCCUCGGGUGCAUGCGCGCCUGCGCUAUCGACGUACGGAGCGACCCCGAGCUGAAGUCGUGGUUCACCGAAUUCUUCUCGCACGCGAGGAGGAGCCUUGACGACCCGAAAUAUUCGGGCUCCGAGGACGCAAGGCAGAAGCAUCAGGAGCUGAGGGCGCGCUGGAAGGAGAUACUCAGCGAGGAGUCGGACAAGGGACGUGAGUGGAAGGAGGACUUGGGUGCGCUGCGACGCGAAAUGCGCCAGUACUACGAGCGGAUGGAACAUGAUGCGGACGUACAGCGCGUGCGUAUGGCUCAUGAGCGACUCCAGCACAAUGUGCAGCAGGGAAUUUUGUCUGGCGCGCAGAUUAGCCUCCACGCACUCGUCGAGCAAUCACCAUGGUUCUGGCAGGACAUGUUCAACGUUUACGCACAGAAGAUCUUAAAUGUCGCCAAGGACAUUCCUAUCCCGAGGACGGAGUACGUGGACUCGGAGCAUGAGUUUGUUCUCGAGAAUCUCAACAUCACCACGCUCAAUCUUCUUCCCGGACACGCAUACAUUCGCAACAUUGCGGAUAUCGACAUCACAGCGCCCGCAGGUUCAGAGAAGGCUGUCACCGCCAUUGGCACGCUUACCCACGUCAAACUUCAGGCGGUCCAUCUCGCCCUCGACGAAACUUCGUUCUACUACAAAGACAAGACUGCCACCAUUGGGCCCUCUGAGUUCAGCGGCAUCAUGGAGCUCACCCUCCCUCCGCAGGGUGUCGACGUCGACAUCAAAUUCCGCCUCCUCCCCAACACGCCCCAAGGCCUUGCCGCGCGCCAACAGCGCGCACGCUACUUCACGCUCGACCUCGUUUCCGUUUCUAUCAGCGAGGACGUCACCGUCGAGGUCAAGAAGUCGAACCACGCCAUCCUGGCGUCCGUCUUCAAGCCCAUCAUCAAGAUGCGCUUCCGCGAGGCGCUCGAGCGCACGCUCGAGGAGCAGAUUCGCGGCGUGUUCGACACGCUCGACACGCUCGCGUACGACGUCUCGCGCCGCUCCGAAGUCUUCCAAGACACCGGGCUCGGCUCCGGCGCGGCGCUCAUGGCUGCCAUCUGGAGCGAGAUCGGCCAUAUGCGCAAGAUGGAGGGGGGGCUGCUCACGGGAUGGAAGGCGACGGGUACGGGCGUGAUCAAGGAAGCGAAGGAGGGUGAGGCGAGUAUCGCGAUGGGUGCUGAGCCGCAGAUUUUGUCUGGCGAGAAGCACGGGCCGCUCGGGACUAACUCUCAGCCCUUGGCUGAGCGCCUGCCAAGCGCGAAGGAUAUUUCUGGAUCCGUGCAAGAGGGUACUGAGCGUAUCGCGGGUGAUGGCAAAGAGGCAAUGAAGACGGUACAGAGCUUCAAACAGAGCGUUCGGGCGAAGACCGAGGAGGAGCGUAAGAAGGAUGGUUGGAAGUCAGAGUCUUUCAACUUUUGAAUUACAGACGGUACAUGCUCUUCUUUGGAUCCUUUAAGCUAGCACUUGUAUAAGUAGAUCGAGCACAGGCU